CAGCGCCUGACCCUCUCGUUUCUGCAGGCAAGGGAAAGACGAGAUCUUGCACAAGGAUCGGCAGGCGCAGGGUGACAUGGAGCCUCUCCUGCUGCUCAUCCUGCUCUCUGUUGCAGAGCUGUCCCGAGGCCACAACACCACGGUGUUCCAGGGCACGGCAGGCCGGUCCCUGAAGGUCUCCUGCCCCUACAACUCCUUGAUGCACUGGGGGAGACGCAAAGCCUGGUGUCGCCAGCUGGGUGAAGAUGGCCCGUGCCAGCAGGUGGUCAGUACCCACAGCUUGUGGCUGCUGUCCUUCCUGAAGAGGCGGAAUGGGAGCACAGUCAUCACUGACGAUGCCCUGGGUGGCAUACUCACCAUCACACUGCGGAAUCUUCAAGCCCACGAUGCUGGCUUCUACCAGUGUCAGAGCCUCCAUGGUGGCGAGGCUGACACCCUCAGGAAGGUCCUGGUGGAGGUGCUGGCUGACCCCCUGGAUCACCAGGAGCCUGGAGAUCUCUGGAUACCCAAGGAGUCUGAGAGCUUCGAGGAUGCCCAGGUGGAGCACAGCAUCUCCAGGAGCCUCGUGGAAGAGAAGAUCCCCUCCCUACCCACUUCCAUCCUUCUCCUCUUGGCCUGCAUCUUUCUCAGCAAGCUUCUAGCAGCCAGUGCCAUCUGGGCUGCGGCCUGGCAUGGGCAGAAACGGGAGACACCCCCGGCCAGUGAGCCAGACCGUGGCCAUGACCCAGGUUAUCAGCUCCAAACCCUGACAGGGGAAAGAGACACAUGAGAGAAGAGGACCCCACAUGGAAGGAGAGGUCUGGGAGAGGUCUGCAGAGACCACCGCAGUCUGCACACUCACCUCUAGGCCAUCAACACUCCUGGUUUUGCUUUGGCAAAAGGCUCCUCUGCCUGUAUCCUUCUUCUCCUGGACCCUGGAAGCAGGGAUGCGUAUGUGCACAUGUGUGUAUGUGCGUGCAUGUGUGUGCCUGGAAGGUGGAAAGGACAUCUAUCAACUUCUAGACAUUGGACA